CGAUUCAUUCAACGUUGGCAUCCGGGAGAUCAGCAGACGGCCUCGACUCGCGUGUCUCAGGCGAGUGUUGAGUGGGCCGUUGAUCGUACGCACAACCGCCAAUAUUGAGCCAAACUUCCAUCCAAGGUGGAGAGAUGACGAACCUCAGGGACGGACAGGCACCAUGUCAUGGCCUGCUCAUAGUAGGUAUUGCAGGUGAAAUGCGACGUCCAAGUAAAAGACUGCGGUUGCGUCGAUCAGCAAAGAUGCAACGCAGGUGCUGGAAAUCCUACGCUACUCCAGGCUAUGCAAGGACGAACGUUGGUAGAGCAUAUGCUGUCUGUCUAUGCACAGUACCUGCAUUGCUAUGCGUGAGCGUUGAAACCUUUAAACGGCGACGACCUCGCCUGCUCAGGCCAUGCCAACAUCUUCCUCGAACUCUGCAGUCAUCCCCUCUGCUAACCGCAACACGGAUGUCCCGAGCACGAGACAGAUGUCGAGGUGGCGAAAUUGACCGCAUGGCACCUGCCUGCUCCUGUUCGGAGUGGAUGAUCAUAUCGAGUUGAUCCAGACGAGAUUGAUCGCACUAGAGAAGAACAUCCUCCCAGGUCGAACCGGACGCGGUUGAUUGAACGCGAUCCGACAUCUGAGACCGCAUAAGCUCAAUUUAGAUCUUCUACAGAGCCGCGUGAUG